AUGAACCCUAACUUCUCUUUUUCUUUUUGUCCAAUGAUGUCACUUUGCCGGUGUGCUGCUCUUUCUCUCUCUCUCUCUCUCUCUCUCUCUCUCUCUCUCUCUCUCUCUCUCUCUCUCUCUCUCUCUAAUAAUAAUAAUAAUUAUUAUUAUUAUUAUUAUUAUUAUUAUUAUUAUACCGCAUCUUACUUUACCACUUCUCUUUUUGUCUCCAUUGCGAACGACAACUGGGACAAAAGAAAAGAAAAACCUGCAUUGAACAGGCGUACAGUUUUUCUUAUUCUUCGAAUUUGCAUAAUAAAUGAAGUCACAGUAUCUAUUUUUUUUUAUUUCAUUGCAUUUUACCGUUUUCUAUUCUAUUCCUUGUUUGUCUCUCUCUCUCUCUCUCUCUCUCACUCUCUCUCUCACUCUCUCUCUCUCGUUGUUGUGUAUUUUUCCCCUUUAGAAUCAGUUUUUGCUUACAGCACUACCCUCUCUAGAUGA